AUGGCUGCCCACCCCCGUUAUGGCUGCCCACCCCCGUUAUGGCUGCCCACCCCGUUAUGGCUGCCCACCCCCGUUAUGGCUGCCCACCCCCCGUUAUGGCUGCCCACCCCCGUUAUGGCUGCCCACCCCUGUUAUGGCUGCCCACCCCCGUUAUGGCUGCCCACCCCCGUUAUGGCUGCCCACCCCCGUUAUGGCUGCCCACCCCCGUUAUGGCUGCCCACCCCCGCUAUGGCUGCCCACCCCCGCUAUGGCUGCCCACCCCCGUUAUGGCUGCCCACCCUCGUUAUGGCUGCCCACCCCCGUUAUGGCUGCCCACCCCCCGUUAUGGCUGCCCACCCCCGUUAUGGCUGCCCACCCCCGUUAUGGCUGCCCACCCCCGUUAUGGCUGCCCACCCCCGUUAUGGCUGCCCACCCCCGUUAUGGCUGCCCACCCCCGUUAUGGCUGCCCACCCCCGCUAUGGCUGCCCACCCCCGCUAUGGCUGCCCACCCCCGUUAUGGCUGCCCACCCCCGCUAUGGCUGCCCACCCCCGUUAUGGCUGCCCACCCCCGUUAUGGCUGCCCACCCCCGUUAUGGCUGCCCACCCCCGUUAUGGCUGCCCACCCCCGUUAUGGCUGCCCACCCCCGCUAUGGCUGCCCACCCCCGUUAUGGCUGCCCACCCCCGUUAUGGCUGCCCACCCCCGUUAUGGCUGCCCACCCCCGUUAUGGCUGCCCACCCCCGUUAUGGCUGCCCACCCCCGUUAA